ACGUGACCAUUAACGCAGCCGGCGUAUUGUCGCUAUACUUAGUGUCUGAGCGAGUGCGGGAGGCAGAGACGAGAAAGCGGGAGAUUCAGUGGACGUCGGGAGGAAAAUGGCGUCAGUCUCGAUUGGGAAGUUGUAUCAGCACCGGCUGUAGGCUACUAGACCUGAAUUAGAAAUUUCCAGUCCCGCGUUUGUAGCAAACGGGAAAACGGCUGCGGGCCUCCGGCGGUGAUAGGCCCCGAGUUACCGCCGCCAUCUUUAUUGGAGGAUAUUAACUGAGAAUAAUUUGCAGACUGGGAUCUCAAAACAAGUUCUGACAAUCAGCAGAGUCAUCAGGAUCUGAAUGUCAUUGGCAUUUCACUGUGAAAAGAAAAAGAGACUUCAAAUGAAACCAGAUCCAGAUCCGACAGUCACUCUGUUUAUCAUAACCUAAUUAUAUCAGAAUUUUGAACGUUGAAGGAAAAAGCACCAUUCACCCCGGGGAGAAACACGUAUCGUCUGUUUGUGGAAGAGUCUGUGAAGCUUCAUCUGUAAUGUCCAAACGCCAAUGCAGUCGCACUGGGGAGAGACGGUGGAAAUGUGGGGAUUGCGGGAAGGGAUUUCUUUACCCAUCCCAGCUAGAAACUCACCAACGCAGUCACACUGGGGAGAGACUGUGGAAAUGUGAGGAUUGUGGGAAGGGAUUUCUUUACCCAUCUGAGCUGGAAACUCACCAACGCAGUCACACUGGGGAGAAGCCAUUUACCUGCUCUGAUUGUGGAAUGGGAUUCACGCAGUCAUCCCACCUGCGGAUACACCAGCGGGUCCACACUGGAGAGAGACCAUUCACCUGCUCAGUGUGUGGGAAAGCAUACGCUCAGUCAUCCGACCUGCGGAUACACCAGCGUAUUCACACUGGGGAGAAGCCAUUCACUUGCUUUGACUGUGGGAAGGGAUUCACUUCGUCAUCCAGCCUGCUGAAACACCAGCGAAUUCACACUGGGGAGAAACCAUUCACCUGUUCUGAAUGUGGAAAAGGAUUCCAUUACUCUUCUAAACUGCUGAUACACCAGCGAAUUCACACUGGAGAGAAACCAUUCACCUGUUCUGAAUGUGGAAAAGGAUUCAAUCGCUCAUGUAAUCUGCUGAUACACCAGCGAAUUCACAGUGGGGAGAGACCAUUCACCUGUUCUGAAUGUGGAAAAGCAUUCAAUUGCUCAUCGAGACUUCUAACACACCAGCGAGUACAUACUGGAGAGAAACCAUUCAUCUGCUCUGAUUGUGGGAAAACAUUCGGUCAGUCAACCAUCCUGCUGAGACAUCAGCGAGUUCACACUGGGGAAAAGCAUUCACUCAGUCAACUCACUGGCUGAUACACCAGCCUGUUCACUCUAUGGAGAGACAGUUCACUUGUUCUGCAUGUGGAAAGGGAUUUUAAAAUGUUACCACACCAGUGAAAUGACACCAAGUGGAUCCCAUUCACCUGCUCUGUUCAUCUAAAAGACUUUGCUGUUUGCUAAUGCACAAGCAAAUUCACAAAGAACCACAGGUGAAAGGUUUUGCUUUUAUUCACACACCAAGGAAUAAACUUUGGUCAUUGGACCAUUUGUAUUGAUGUUAUUAAUCUAUUAAAGGGGCUGAUAUUGAGGAUAAAACAUUGAUACAGUUGUGUCUCUGGAAUAGGUUUUGAAAGUAAGCACAAUGUCAUUAUUUCAACACAUUUAUGCUCUGUAACGAGUAUCCACCUGCAUAUUGUUUGCAAAGUGUAUUUGAGGUUCAUCAGAAUUGGUUAAACAAGUUCCCUCAUAUCCAUCAGCAUUGGAUUUUGAUGGUAUUGCUAUCCAAAUCCAAACCAUGCUUUCUGGCCCUAUUUCUGACCAUGUUUAUGAACAAUACAGGUUCAGUUACCUAUUUGGAAUAAAAAUAAUACAAAUCAGCUGUUUAUUAAAACCAAGUUGCAUCAACUCUUUGUCUAAUUCUGAGUGCCUUAGAGAUAAGAUAAUAAAGAUAAGAUAAUCCUUCACAUGAGCAGUUGGGGGAAGGCACAUCCAGAGUGAGAUAUAGCCUGAAAUGCUGGAAAUUUAGUUCCAAGUGUUGUUGGUGCACGUGCAACAUAACUUGGCAAGGGGGUGGGAUCCAGAAAGCAUAUCCAAAAGGCUAAGAAGAGAGGAAUCAACAAGUGAGUCAGGAAGGCAUUGACAUUACAGGCCAGUUCGGGUACAAGGGAGUUUGACCUGGUUGAAUGGCAUUGAUUUUAAUGCUACACGUGUGACAAACAAGGCAGAUGAGUUGAGGAUACAAAUUAAAAAUGGUGUAUUAUGACAUUGCUGUCACUGAGACAUGGUUGAGAGAGAGGUAGGUUUGGAAGCUCAAAACUCCAGGAUGCACGGUCUUCAUGCGAGACAGCGAAGGAUGCAAAGGAAGAGGAGGUGUCAUAGCUGUGUUUAGGGAAUGUUACUGUUGCCCGUAACUGAGCACAAGAUAAGAUUGUUAUGGCUGGCCACAACUAUUGCUGACAGCAACAUUUUCUCGAGGUCGCAACUAACAGCAUAUGUCAUUUGAUUCCACACUGUAAGCCAUAGAUAAACAAUUAACAUUUGGAGCUAACAGAAGAUAACAACAUUUAAAUAAUAGAAGACAUAGAACAUUUUAAGAACAACGUUUGCAACUCUUGUAAGCUGUAGAUAAGAUGAUUAAUAUUUGCAGCUAACACGUAAGAUAAUAACAUUAGACACAUUUGAUUACCUCACACUAAUUAGGUGGUUAACCAAUAUUAUAGAACCAAUUAAGUUCAUAAAAGGAAUUAAACCAGCCCACAAAUGGUUAACAAUUAGUUAAGCAAGCCCAGCACAAAAGGUUUCUCCUUUCUCUCUCUCACACACACACACAGUUAAGAUAUUGGAAUUUUAAUUGGAUUGUGCUAAAGCUCAUAACUUUGUGGAACUGAUCGAAGUCAAUAUUCUUUUGUUUUCCCUGUAAUGAGACAUUUCUAAUUAAUUGGCAGUUCUGGCAAAUAUUAUUUGGACAGUAAUCAUUGUGAAAAGUUUCAAAAACAUUAUUGUGACCAUGAUUAAGCCACAAGCCUGUCAAUCUCAGUGAAAAUGAUGUACAAGAGAGCCGAUCACAAAGUGCCAACUCAAUUCUGCUGAACAAUAAUAAUGGUGUGUGUGUGUGUGUGGGGCUGGGGGAAGGGGUGGUGGUGAGCGCUCUAAAAGAAAGAUAUUCUCAAGUCUGUGGACAUUUUUUUUGUACCUUCAUGACUUUGUGUCUUUUUUUUGCUAUACACUGUUACUGAGCUGUAACUAAGCAAAUAAAAGGUCAUAUUUUGAGUGCA